AGCCCACCCGUCAGCGAGAAAAGUGAUGAUGCUUGUACAGAUAUGGAUGCGACCAUGGGUAGGGUACCUCUGUAAAUCCUCAGCCCACUUCCUCACGAAUUCAACUCUUACUUCUGCGCCAGCGAUUAGGCUUUAUAACAACACAAUGGCUGAUGCACCCCCUUCCCUCCCGGGCCCCAUGCCCUCGUCCUUUGACGGCGACCAGUAUGCUUCAAUUCCAGCUUGCUAUACCGUACAGUCCCCGCUCAUGCGAUAGUCCAGGGAACUUCAGAAUGAAAGACCAAUGCAAAAGGUCCUCCGCAAGAUCAAGGAGGAGCCAUUGAUCCCCCUCGGAAUGGGCCUGACCACUCUCGCCUUUAUCAAUGCCUACCGAGCUCUCCGCCGUGGCGAUUCAAAACAGGCGAACCGCAUGUUCCGAGCCCGAGUUGCAGCCCAGGGAUUUACCGUAUUCGCCAUGCUGGCCGGCAGCAUGUAUUACCAGAAAGACCGCGAGAAGAGCAAGGAGCUCCGCCAGCUCCAGGAGCAGAAGGAUGCUGAAGAGAAGCGACAAAAGUGGAUUCGUGAGCUCGAGGCUCGAGAUGAGGAGGAAAAGGCCAUGCGUGCGAGACUCGAGAAAAAGAGGCAGCAGGUCCAGGCCCAGCGGGCCGAGGAGGCCAGGGCAACUGCAGAAUUGCAACCCGAAGGCAACGAAGCUUCCAGUAAUGGAGGUAUUCUAAGCCGCAUUGGUUUAUGGCCACAGGGCAGCAAAGAAGAGAAGAAGGAUGAUGACAAAACUGCCGCACAAGCUGUCGAGGACGACGCCAGCGCAAAGAAGAAGAAGAAUCCCAAAAGUUCUCUGGGCGAUCUCGGCGAAAUUAUCUCAAAGAGGAACGACUGAGAACAAAGAAUGUACAUUAGGAGCAAUUGGUCAUGAUGGAGGUCUGUAUAAAAGUUUCGCAUGCCGAUUUAUGGCAGAAGGACAUUGUGUACGAUAGACAACGGGCGGUACCUUCGAGUACAGCGUGGCUCUACUCCCAAGCUAGGCAAAUGUUAAUGAUUGUUUAUGUUUGUUGAGUUUGAAGAUUGUGAAGUUUCAAGACAGGCAGUUGCUAAACCGAUGUGCUAUCCAGGCCCUAAGAACAUAUAUUGUCUGGUAAUGCUCAAUUUCCUAGGAGUUGCUUCAUGUCAUAGACCCUCCACUUCGGUUUCCUCCAAUUAACCCCGCCAUCUCAAGCAACGCCCGGUCAGCCUCGAUAUCGCCAUUUCCAAGAUUGAUCUUGCGGCGAGCUUCAGCUUCUCGUUCCUCCCAAGCCCAUUUCUCGGCUUGGGCUUGGGCUUCUUUAUCACCGCCACAGCCCCAAACUUCGAGACUCUCAAUCUGGAAUCGGUCCUGGAAAUCAUGCUUUCUCACCACACUCGAGUGAAAUGCACCUCCUCGAGAUGUAAAAUCGUGGUUGAAGACUGCAAACUCGAACGAGUCGUCAAGUAAUAAUGAUACAGGGCCUAGGCGUAACAUGUCGGCCUUUCUGUGAGCUUGAGAUGGGUGUGGAUGAGGGCAACCGAAUGACAUCAUGGGAUGGUGCGCUGGUGCUUUUGUGAAAGUGACAUAGUCCUUGUUAAUAGUUGAUGCCGGGAAGACAUCGUGAAUUGGUUCAAGUUGAAAUAGUGUUGUUUCUGAAUCGCCGAAGCAUUCCCGGUGGGUGUGUUUCCAGGGUUCACGAACGUAGACACCAAAAGUGAGCCGAUCCGAUUUGCUACCGUGAGGGAACCGCUUCGGAGGCAAGGAUGCCGCGAAACUGCUUUCUUGACCACCCUCCGGCUCAUCUCCCAGACGUGUUCCACUCACCAGGAGCAGUGUUGGGGCUUGCCAGUUGAAAACCUUCGUCUGGAAACUUCCCAUGGAGAAGCCGGCAUCAUUGCCUGAGUAAAGGAGUCUCACUCGCCGGAAGAGAUCUGUCCCAGGAAGGAAAAAUGAGAUCUGGGACAAUGUGUUCUGAUUUAGUAUGUCGCCGGUGUCGGUCAAUAGAGGUUGUGCUACUUUUUGAGAUGAAGUAGUAGCUGGGGUAUCAUUUUGAUGUUUGGAGAAAUCUAGAUUUUGCGAGAAAAGAAAGCGCUCAAAAAGACCAUUGAAUCCACGAAAGAGAUUAGGGCAAAUCACAGGUAUGAUUGUUCUGAAGUGGUUGUACUUGAUGCCAGUUGAGGUUUCGGCAUUAACGAAGGAGGCAAGAAUGCUUUCAGCGGCGCUACGGAGGCCUUCGAGUUCUUGCCCAACAACACGGCUUGAAUACAUCGAGAGGCUUUCUUGAGGAUCAAGCGGAGCGGCAAGGAGAAGCAGCAUGACAAGUUUUCGGAAAUUGUCAGUUGGGAUCGUUGCGCCAUGAAAUAUUGGCGCAUGGCCCUGGUCCACGGCAUCCUUGAUGUCAAGCAAUUCAAAAGCUGUCAAUACGAGGUCGUCGUCCUCACCGUCUUCGUCUUCGUCGCCAGCUGCAUCAACCGCGAAACCGGCCACACGGGACCUGACCUUCUCUUUAUCGUCUUCGGACUCGGUAGGUGCGAUAUGUGAAGUGUCUGGAUGGGCUCCUGCUUCGGACAUUUUACGAUCAAAGACAGCCAAGCUCUUGAACAGUAGUUUGGUCCUAUCUGAAGAGCCCCGCGCCAAUACGGUUCGGUAGCGCUCAGUCAUGAUGACGACCACCAUAAUCAUCCGCUGAAACUCCAAAACUACAGGUGCAUUUUGAAGAAAUGGAAAAGCGCCGAUGUAGGAUACCAUUUGGAAAAUAACUGGCGAGGUGCCGAGAAUGUCUGGUAUUUCCAGGUACCGGGCGAUAGUGUCCUCUUUCAGGUAUUUGAUAGAGUCCUGUUGAUCCGCAAGGCUCUUGAAAACAUCUCUGAGUGAGUAUAAUUCAAGAGAGGUGAAACAUUUCUUCAUAA